AUGUCACAAUAUUUUUCUUUCGAUGAUAACUGUAGAGACAAGCAUAUAUGCGUAUUACACCAGGAUAUACCCUAACACGAAGGUGAUUUUACCAACCUCCUCGAUUAAACGUCAUUCAUAAAAAUAUCAGGGAGGCCAAACUCAUAUAGAAAAGUUGUAUCAGUUGCAUAGAUCUAUGAUCGGUUACGCCCUCAUUGUUAAACAGUUUGUUAGUGUGUCUAUUCUCCACGCUAUAGUAAUGCAGGCACACAGAUUCACGGAUAACGAAAAAUGGAACAAAACGUCCUAUUAUGGAAACAAGGAGAUUAUGCAAACAGGAAGAAGAUACUACGUUCAGGGAAGUAAGGAACAAGAGGUUGGCAAUAUCGCGGGUCGUUCUCUAUAAGAAGACGGAUUCGGGUAUCGGUAGCGGACCAAGAAUAGCGAAUUUAUCCGUCCCGUGGCCGAGCGCUGUCUUACCACCGACCGCUCCCUCCGCUUGCAGCCACUUACGUUAUUUCAUGAGUGAUCUUUCGUACGGUGACGCGCACGGAUUGCGAUUAGUUCGUAUAUGGGGGCAAGAGACGGUGGACGCUUAUUUCAGCGUCUUGAGUUGGGCCUAGUGAAUCCAAGUGAAGUGAUAUCGCCAAGUGGAAGAUCCGGAACAUUGUCCAAGAGGGAGUGAAGGGAAAGAAGGGAAGAGAAGACAAGAAAGAAAGAAAGAGACAGAGAGAGAGAGAGAGAGAGAGAGAGAAAGGGAGAACGAGACAGACAGGCAGACAGAUAGACAGAUAGAGGAAAAAAAGAAAAAGAUAGAGUGAACGAAGAGGAUCGAGAGUAACAGAUAGGAGGAGACAAGAAAGAGAGAGAGAGAGAGAGAGAGAAAGAGGAAGAUAGAAAGAAGGAAAGGAAGAAAUAUAGAGAUAGAUAUAGAUAUAGAUAUAGAAGUGGAAGGAGGCAAAGAGACCAACGCGCAGUGGUUAUAAGGUUGUCGAGCUCGAUUGUGCGUGUUCCGAGGCGAUGUCUCUCGAGACUCGUUCGAGCUCGGCUCUAUUUAAAAGAGCCGAACAGCUCAAACGUUGGGAACAAUCUGAAACUAAUCGGGAACCGGCCCAACCUCGUCAGGUAGCAAGGAAGAUCAAAUUUUCCGAUGAUUGUGUCUUUUUGGCGGCAUGUGCGGCAGGCGACAAGGAGGAGGUUGUACGUUUACUCCAAAAAGGGGCGGACAUCAACACCGGAAACGUCGAUGGUCUCACGGCGUUGCACCAGGCAUGUAUCGACGACGACCUGGAUAUGGUAGAAUUUUUGGUAGAACAAGGAGCAGAUAUAAAUCGUGGGGAUAACGAAGGAUGGACACCUUUACAUGCUACAGCGUCUUGUGGCUUCAUAUCAAUAGCCAAAUACUUGAUAGAACAAGGGUGCAAUUUGGCAGCAGUUAACAAUGAUGGCGAAUUGGCCCUUGAUAUUGCGGAAAAGGUUGAGAUGGAAGAUAUGCUACAGCAACAUAUAAAUAAAGCAGGCAUAGAUUGCGAUCAAGCCAGAAGCGAAGAAGAAAGGUCAAUGUUAAACGAUGCAAGAGCUUGGAGAUCGGGAGCGCCAGGCAAAGAUUCAAUGCAUCCUAGAACAGGAGCUACUGCACUUCAUGUUGCUGCUGCUAAAGGCUACAUCAAAGUCAUGAAUAUUCUCCUUCAGGCCCGAUGUGAUGUCAAUAUGCAAGAUUUUGAUGGAUGGACACCCUUACAUGGUGCAGCUCAUUGGGGUCAAUUAGAAGCUUGUAAACUACUUGUGGAUAACUUUUGUGAUAUGGACAUCAAAAAUUAUGCAGGACAAACUGCUUUCGAUGUUGCUGAUGCGGAUAUUCUAAAAGAUUUAGAAGAAUUGAAACAAAAACAAUCAACUAUAAUGAAAGAUCAUCCACAAAUAAUUAAUAAAAAGCAACCUUCUAUACCAAAGAAACGUAUUUCAACUAGUACUGAUAGUACUGUAACGACGCAAGAGAGUCCCGAAAUUUUAGAAGAGGAAACACCAAAUAAAGUUAAAAAAGUAGAAGUGGAGAUUCAAUCUGAUAAAGACGAUUCUAGUACUGGAACGAAUAGCGACGUCGAAGCAACACGAGAAACAGAUAUGGAAGAGAGUGAUGGUGAAGUUGUUUCUGAAACUAGCUCAGAAUCACGCUCUUCCACCUGCUCCAAUCAGUCUGAUAAGUCUAACCAAUCAAACCAUUCCACAUGUCUUACAGAUGAUGAGAAGAAAAAUAGAGUAAACAAAGAGGAAACUGCAACUCACUCUCCACUAUCUCCUAUCGAAAUUAAUAAAGUUCCUAAUCAAGCUCCAGUAUUGCCCCCUAAGCAACAAACUGAUAAUAAUGAAGAGGGAGUUAUUCCAUCCUGGAGGCGUUCCGGCUCUUUCCGAAAUAGGAUACAAAAUGUAGAAGAACUUGAAGAUAAGGACAAAAGUACUAAGUUGCUGAAUUCACCAAACAAACUCCCGACAGAACCAGAGGUAGUAUUAAGAAGAACACACAGUUUUGAGACAGAUGAAAAGUUCUAUGAGCAGUACUUGGCAUUACACGCUCGUAUCAAGGCAUCUUCCUGCCCUACUCUCCAUCGUUGUAACGCAGUUUCUCCCACUCAUACCAAUGCUACAACACGUUCUGCAUCUCUGCGCGAAACACACAGAAGAAAAGAAAUCAAAUUAAAUUUGGAAUUAUCAAGAACGCCACAGGGAAGCAAUACACUUUCACCAACAUCUGUAUCUAAAACAUCACCACUAAGUGCACUGCCAACUACAACCACUACAACUGCCAACACAAUGACGACGACAAUUGCUACUAGUCCUGUUCCUCUGAAUCAGAUACGCAGUGUUCAACCAAUGGAAGCUACAUCUACACUUCUAUCGAGUCCAAACAAUACUGUACCAGUAUCUGGAACUCUCACCACACCUGGAGGGAGCAAGCUAAGUCCAGGAAAUAUCUUCAAGAAUUUCUUCAAAUCUUUUGUCCCACCUGUUCGCGAUGAAGAAAGCGAAACACAAAGAAAGGCGCAUGCAAAGAGAGUAAGAGAAACUCGACGUUCAACUCAGGGAGUAACAUUAGAUGAAAUCAAGAGUGCAGAACAACUUGUAAAGAAAAAACAACAGAACAACGAAGUGUCUAGUUUGACAGCGCCUUCUCCGCAGCCUGCAGCUUCUGUCAGCAAUACAGCCUCAAUCACAGCUACAAUAACAACAGCAACUCCUACUACAGUGACUGCGAAUAAACCUUCUGAAGAAUCUAAUUUGCCUGAAAGGCGACCUUCUUGGAGACUCAGGGUAGAUAAUGGAAGCAAGUUUCAGUUAGAGGAUGCAAAUAACAGGUCACCUGACAUUACAUCUACUUAUAUGAGAAGACCAUCUGGUGGAACUGGUAUACCCAGACCAUCAUCGGCACCCGUGGAAACAAUCACACCGAGUCCUGCAGAAACUACUGUUACAUUACCACUUAGACGAUCAUUGAAACCAUCAGAGGAUAAAGAACAAGAUAAAGAGAAUGAUAGCAGAAAUGCUCAAGCUACACAGGCAGUUAUACAAAGGAGAAGGAGGCCUAAAAGACGUUCUACGGGUGUCGUUCAUGUUGAUAUGGAUGAAAUAGAUCCUGAAAAACAAGACAUAUCCGUUGGUGGUGAUUUUGAGGAUACUAAAAUAAAUCACAGUGAGACUGGAAAUGAUAGACCUGGAAGAUCGAAUAGACUAGAUUCUGUAUCAUCAUUAUCAUCUGAAAUAUCUUCAGCUUCUGCAAGAAUCAAAUCUACGACUUCAGAAAAUGGUGAAAUUGACUAUAAAAAAUUAUAUGAGGAAUCUCAAGCGGAAAAUGAAAGACUUAGAGAAAAGCUUAAGCGAUCAGAUGAACAAUUAAAAGAAGUUAGAAGUUUAUUAGAUAAGGCGCAAACUUCUCAGAACAAGUCAGUUUUAUCUGAGGCUGAAAAAAGGGAAAGGAGGGCCAUGGAAAGGAAGUUAUCAGAAAUGGAAGAAGAAUUAAAGGUAAUGGAUCAGUUAAAAUGUGAAAACCAGAGGCUAAAGGAUGAAAAUGGUGCCUUGAUCAGAGUGAUCAGUAAAUUAUCCAAAUAACUUCAGUGCUCUCCCAUGUUAAAAGCAACAUGAAUCCUUUUUAAUUGUGCUGCUCUUGCAUUGAUUGAAUUUUUUUAAAUGGUACAACAUAUUCAUUAUAUUGUUAAUAUUCUUAUAAUGUAUAUUGUAUCAUCACAUUACUGAUGAAUUUAUUCUUGUGCUAGAAACUUAAUUUAUUAUAAGUAAUAUCAGUUACUGGCGUGGCUGUGCCAAGAGCGAUAAAGUCUUGCUCCUAUUCCUACGAUCUUAUAUUUGAUCAUGAGCAAAUUUAGAAUUUUUACUAUCUUGGAUUUUGUUUUUUUUUUUUUUUCAAUAUCAAAGAUAAAUUUCUUAGAUCAUGAUAGUGCCAAUACUACAUGAAGAGCAGGUUGAGCUUUAUUCAAUCCGUAUGUAAAAGAAUUCUUUUAUUAUAACAACAAUUUUAAUUAAUCAUGCUGUUGAUGUUGACUCUUUCUAAGCACAUUUUGUAAAUAUAUAAUAACUUGUGCGAAACGUUCUACCCUAUGGGAUACAGAUAAAUAUACAUAUACAUAUACACAUACACA